UGACAGUAGACGCCGGUGUAGACACAUUUUCAAUGUUCGCCAUUUUAAUUUCACAAAACGAAAAAGUGCAGUCGGAAGAAAAAAUUAUUCAUUAACUAAUUUUCAAUUGUACAAGAAGGUCUUGUAGAAAAUAAUUCGUGUAAAGGACAAAUAUAAUUAUAUUUAAUUUUUAAAUAAAAAAACAAAUACUUGAUUUAAAUAAAAUAAAUAUCUAAAAUAAAAUAUGUCUGAUUAUCGUUCGCAAUCUCGUGAUGGAAAUCGUGAAGGUGGUCGUGGAGGCGGCGGCCGCAAUGAUUACAGUGACGAUGACCCACCAAUGUCUCGUUUAUUCAUUAUCUGCAAUAAGGCUCAUACCGAAGAAGAUUUUCGUGAGGCUUUUUCGCCCUUCGGUGAAAUUGAAGACAUUUGGGUUGUAAAAGAUAAACACACCGGAGACAACAAAGGUAUUGCCUAUGUUAAGUAUGCCAAGACCUCAGAUGCGGCAAAGGCUCAGGAAGAAAUGAAUGGCAAAACAAUUGGUACAUUGGAUCGUACUUUAAAGGUUUUAGUGGCUGCCAAUCGUAAUCAAGGAUCCAGUAAAUCAGACAAUGAACAUGAAAAAUAUGUGCGACUUUUCAUAGUUUGUCCUAAAACAGCCACAGAAGAUGAAUUACGCGAAGAAUUUAAACAGUGGGGUCCCAUAGAAAACGUCACCAUUGUCAGAGAUAAACAAACUGGAACCCCCAAAGGAUUUGGUUAUGUUCGUUAUUCAAAAUUCUAUCAUGCUGCUGUGGCCUAUGAAAAUUGUCCUUCAAAAUAUAAAGCUGUUUUUGCGGAACCAAAAGGUUCAAACUCACGCAAUCAACGCGAAGAAUUUGGCGGACGCAAUGAUAAUACAAUGAUGAGUGGCGGCAAUCGUGGUGGCAAUAUGGGCGCUGGAUUUGGUGGUGGGAAUAAUAUGGGUGGUAAUAUUGGUAUGGGUGGAGCCGGUAUGAAUAGUGGUGGAUUCAACAAUGGCGGUGGAUUCAAUAAUGAUUGGGGUAACAAUUCAUUUAACAACGAUAUGUCACAAUUUUUGCGUAUGCAAAAUGUUCAAGUACCACAACCUACAUGCUUAGAAGUUAUUGUUAGCACUUGUGUUAAUCAGGAUCAAUUAUGGCGUUUAUUUGAUAUCAUUCCUGGUUUGGACUAUUGUCAAAUCACCAAAGAAUAUGGACCUCGUACAAAUGAGGCAAUUGUGGUCUAUGACAAUCCAGAGGCUGCUAUAUAUGCCAAGGACAAAUUACAUGGUCUUGAAUAUCCAGUGGGCGAGCGUCUAAUUGUUAAAGUAUCUGGAAUGAGCUCAUCACGCAUUGAUACAUCAUUUAUUGAUAAGCGCACUAGAAAGGAUUCAAUUUGUAACGUUCCAUUACCACCAUCUCAGCCAAUGGCAUCUAGCGAUGCUCCCGUUGCACAACGCUUAUUUAUUGUUUUGGCAUCGAAUUUACCUGUUUCUAUAUUGAAAAAUGUAUUCUCCUGUUGGAAAGGUCUAAUUGAUGUGUAUUUGCUGCCAAAUAAAAAUUGUGGUUAUGUCAAAUAUGCUGAUAGAGAUUCUGCACAAAAAGCCAUACAAAUUUUAAAUGGUGCCGAAAUUUGUGGCUCUAAAUUGAAGGUUAUGGAGGCAGAAGAAAGAGGCAAUGGUAGCGAUGGUGAUGAUGGAAGCCGCAAACGUAUGCGACGCAAUUAAAA